AUGAACACUGAGGACGAAAACCUGGGGCCUCUGGUCCGUUUAUGGGGCCUCCGGACGGAGCAGCUCCCGGCCCCGAGCGCAACGACAGCCGACUUGGCACCGUUCCUGAUCGCCGUGCUGCAGGAAGCAGUCCCCUUCAUUGACGCCGUCGCGCCUAAAGACGGCACGGCGCGGCCCAAUGAGUGGAAGGCCAAGGGCACCAAGACCUUUCCCGAGUCGACAGCACCUGUCGAACUGUACGAGCGCAUCAUUCCCGCCGCGGAGCUUGAGAAGGAGGCGGCACGGAACCAGCUACCGAACGGCGUUUCCGCCUCCGCCGAGACGUGGGCGUGCCGGAGGAGUGUUCACAAGGAUAGGCCGGGCAAGGGGACGGCGGCGUGGGAGGAGUUUAUCAAAUGUUUCAAGGACGACCACGUCGAGGCCGAGAAGGCGUUCACGCCAAAUGUGAUGGAGGCGAGAGAGGCGCUGGCGUGGGACUGCAAGGGUGUCGUUGUCGACGAGGGGGGGCUUUCAUGGGAAGACUUCAAGGUCGGCGUGUCGGAGAUCAAGCACAGGCUCGGGAUGCCGCUCAAGAACCGCGUGUUUCCCGAGCUCAUCGUCACGGCCAAGGCGAGGGGCGCCGACGAGUUUGUGGUCGUGUCGAUCCCCGUGCUAGACCUGGCGGGUUCGGACCACGGACAGCUCGUCAAGGACAAGGGCGUCGUAGUCGGCGCGUACGUGAGCGUCGAGAGAGUGCGGAGGCUGCCAACCGGGGCGAUUGAGUGGAUCAUGGCGACGGCCUCGGACGCCAAGGGCGCGCUGCCGGCGUGGCUCCAGGCCAAGGCAGUGCUUGGGGUCGUUGCGAAGGAUGUUGCGUUGUUCCUUGGCUGGAUCGCUGAGGAGCGGGAGAAAGGGACAAGCGUGGGCAAGUGGACAGCCGUCAAGGGUGGCAGCGAGGUUCGCCCCGGCAGCAAUGGCCGCAAGGCGUCGGCGACGCUGGAGGAUGCGGAGUCGUCAAACAUGCAGGGAAGGACGUCGAGGCAGGGUGUGUCUUCGAGGAACGGGAAGGAGCCGGCCGUGGGAGGAACGAAUGGGACGAACGGGCAGGUUCCUGUUUAA